AGACGGCAGAAACUCUAGCAAAAGUGUUUCCUGAUGAGACCGAGUCUGUUCGCGUGCCGCUGCGGGAUAAGUACACGUCGCUGGUGCAGAGACUGAGACCCAUGAUAGUGCCAGACACCUUGACACCAGAUGUGCCGCCAGGAAGCGAUAGGGAAGAUGAGGGUGGUGAUACCAUGAUGAUUCUGAUCCAGGAUCAGCUGAGGCAGCGACGCCGGGAGCUUCGGCGCCUGGCAAAGUACCUGGGCGCACCGGAGCCAUACCUGUGGGAGAGAGAGGAGGAGGAGGACAGGGGAGGUGCUGCCUCCAUACUGAAGCGCCUCUCUCUCGGGACUAGUUUGAGUGACAGCACGCUGACGGACUGUGGACGCCCCCUAGUGUACAGUGAAGGAGACACAGCCGAGACGCUGUCGGAGCCUCUUUCCCCAGAGCUGCAGACCAAAUCUGCACACAGUUCUAAGACAGCGACAUUUCUGGAUGCACCUGAGAAAUCAACACAAGAAAGAAAAGGAGAUAAAAGAUCAGGCACAGUGGAACCCAAAGCACCAGACUCGACUGUACCCGCAGUGGGAACCUGGGAGUUUGAGCUGGAGGAUGAGGAGUACACGCUCUUUCUAGAUUUGUUCCUCAGCUACAUGCUGGGAAAAGACAGACUGGACGCUGAGGGGUCCGAGCUGCCUUUACUGAGUGCUUUCUCACAACAGCUCCGUACUAGAGAGCUGCACUCGGUGACCUUUGACAUGCUGACCACUCUCAAACGCCGUCAGAAGGAUCGGAAACGAAGUGCGCAGUUACCACUCUUCCAUGCCGGUCACUGCUUCCAAACUCUCCCGGCUACUCCCAGACCUCCAGACCUUCAGUCCGACAUUCAUUCUACGUCCCCUUGGGCUCUUCCUGGACUCCAUACUGGGAAACAUCAAGGUCUUUUUGCCCUUCGUCGACAUGCUGCCUUAAUGUCCAAAGACGUUAAAGUAAAUUCGAUUGGCACAGACGUCGAGUCAACAGGCUUUAAGAUCCUCUCUCAGGCUGAAUUAGAUGUUCAGAUGGAGCUGGACUCCUCUCUCGAGGCCCGGUUUCCUCAGCUGGCCCGGCUGCUGGAGUGGAUGAUGCGCUGGGCCGACAGGCGGGUUCUGCUCUCUCAGCCAAUCAGAAAGACCUCAGAGGGCUCCGGUGAUUCGGUGGUCAUCAGGGUCAACGCCUCGACCCCUGCAGUGCUGACAGCGCUGGAGCUGCUAAAGCGUAGGUACAGCGCCGCCCUGCUGGGAGAAAACUCAAAUCACUCCCAUACUGCGUUCAUAGGGCUUCAGCUGUCAGAAACCCCCAGAUCACGACACCACAGGGACUUUCCUGCGCUCCACCAGGGGGAGGAGUCUGUCGCUCAGCCAAUCACAAGCUGGAGGCGGGACAGAGAAAGCAGUGUGGACACGGGUUACCCGGGGUCAGCAGGGACGCCCAUCACACUCCCGGAGCUGGAGGUCCAAGAUGCGCAUGAAUCCGAGGAUCAGACGGAUGAUCAGCUGUCUGAACGUGAGGACACCGUGAUCUCUGACGAACAGAAGAACAUCAGUGAGACCCGAGACAUCAGACAGACAUCUGCAGCUACAGACGUAGUUUUGUUUACAGAUGAGAGCAGCGCGGCUGAUGUCACCGAGGCAUCAUGGGCCAAUCAGAGCAGAGCUCACAGAGAUCAGGCAUUAACACUGGCUGAUCUACAGCGUCCGGAUACAGAGGAACAUUCACUACAAUCGCAAUCGGAGGAAAAACACGUCUCUUGUGCGCCGCUGGACAGACCUGAGCUCGCAGCUUCAGUCGGCGUUCAGCGGACAGACACAGCGUCAUUACCCAUGAGACCCGGCGCUGAAGCACCUCUCGGUGAACCCCAAACACAGACAGACCCCGUCAGACAGCUGCUCCAGGACGAGCUCUUCAGACUAGUGCAGCUGCAGCAGAUCAACUUCAUGAGUCUCAUGCAGGUUGUUGGAGCGUCUUUCUCAAACCUGCCGCUGUCUCGAGCCAACGUGCUUCAGUCCACUGCGAUACCUGCACAGCAGCAGUCUCAGCCCGUCUCUCUUACCCAGAAUGCCCAGCUCACUGUGUGUGAUGAUACCAGCCUCCCAACACGAGCCACCGGACCGGAAAGGGUUAACAACACCCAGGAUUUACGUCCUGUGAAUGUGAAUCCACGUAAUGAGAGGGAACCGAGAAACCCGACCCGCAAACCUCAGGAAGUCCAGCAGUUGAGCAUCCGCUCAGACUGGCCGGAGGACGGCAGGAGUUUGAUCCCGACGUCUCGGGGGCUUCUGAGCACCGCUGAUAAUCAGGCGUCUCUGCCGGCGUCCUCUGAAGCUCCAGUGACACACGGACUCAGACUCCUGCAGCUGCCGCCUCCUCCCGCUCCUCCAGACCUCACUUCAUCUCAUGCAAACCUCGCCCCCGCUCAGUCUGACCCCCCCUGUCUCCGGAGAGCAGCGUCAGCAUCCGCGGCUCCUCCGUCUCUCCUUCAGACGCGCCGCUGUAGCGCUCCGAUGAGUCGAGGAGCUCAGGGAGCGCUGCGUUUGCCUCCUGCUCCUGCUCUUCCUCUGCUGCGCUUUCACCCAGAUACCCAGCGGCCCGUGACACUGCCUCGUAUCCCACAAUCCACCACGGCAAAACAGCCCAGUCUAGACCACUAUCCCAGAAUUCAGCUGCUGCACAGAGAGCCGGAUCCACCCGCCGCUGUUCAGCGCUUCAGCACAGCUCCGGUACGAACAGCUCGUCUCAUCCCGCCGCAGGAGCUGUUGAGGUGGGCCACUGAGACCAAACUACAGCUCUUAAAGACCGACCCUGUCCCGGAGAACAACAGCACAAGCAGCCCAUCCAUCAAGAGACGGAAGAGGAGAGAGGAGAAGAUUGCAGUCACUUUCAGACCAGAGGACUCCAUCAUUCCUCCGGAGGAGCCUGCAGAAGAUGUGCCAGAUCAGAACGACGCUUACACCUUUCCUUUAGGCUGCUUUGACUCUGAGUUGUCGGGACAGCGGUUGUUGGAUAAGGCUUGCGUCACCUCGGCUGAGCUGCAUGCCUUCGCCUCGACGCAGAAGAGAGCUCCUGAAAUCCAGGACGCCUGUACAAACACUGAACCGUCUCGACCCGUCACAGAUGAAGCCGUUUCCGUCCAGCUUCCUUCAUCUCCCAGCAUGCCAUCUGCUCCUGGAGGAGGGCUGAUAGAUGUUGCUCCUGUCGUUCCUCCAGAUGUUUUCUUGAAUCUUCGCUACUCUAAAGAAACAUCAUUAGAUCCGGAGAACAGAAGCCCUGCAGAGUCUGACAGUCCAGAGGGACGACGGUUCAUCAACGUGAUCGAUCUGACAGACGACUCUCUGCUUCAGAGUCUGCCCUCAUCGGCUCAGCUCCACCUACUAGCGGCGUCUGUCGUAAACCCCGCCCACAAACCUGACUUAAGCCCCGCCCCUAACAUCACUGAGCACUUCACUGAGAAUCUGGCUGGAGGGAAUCCAGGCCCCUCAGUAGUGUGCGUGUCUCCUGAAGCCGUUCUCGGUGGAGACCCCGUGACUCUGAGCGUCCUGACGGGUGUUAGGUCGCCGCCUCCGCGCGCUCUGGACCGGAUGCUGCUGUCCAGGAGUCAGAUCUCAGCACGGCUCUCAGAGAUGGACGCUCAGCUGCUCAGACUGCAGAGCAUCGCCGAUCACAUGGACCGAGAGUUCGCCAGCACCAGACUGCUGGUGAACACUAUUGAGACACAGAGUCCUUCAGCGAUGGAGAAGAAACCUCAGUCCAGCUCUCUCAGAGUCAUACAAGAAGUGAGGAGCUACUGUCCUUCACCGCAUCGGUUUGGAGCGACGACCGACCCAGAGAGAGAAGAUGAGGAGGUUUUGUCGUCUUCUGCAUUGACCCGAAGUUCAGUCUAUCACGAGCGCUUUCCUCCGACAGUGAAACUGGAGCAGCGUGAGCGAGAUACUGAUCCUGAUUUGACAGAGUCUUUGCUUGAGAAUCCUGUGAAGCCGGCGGAGGAGACUCUCGGUGUCAGCGGCCUCAGUGACGUGAAGGACAUUCUGUGUGAGUUAAUAAGGGAUGGUGCUUUAUCCCCAUCAGCGCUGGAUCUGUCCCGAUCAGGAACGCUUCAUCUGAGCAGGUCAGAGGUCAAGCCGAGCGGAGCCAUGAUGGAGGAGGAGCGCAGGGAUCUGAGGAUGUGGAUGAGGAGGAAACAGAGAGAACGACUGAUAGAGUACAGAAAACAGAGAGAAGAGAAGAGAGAGAGAGAGCGCAGACCCUUCAUCUCUCCAGUUAAACAUCAGAAUCCAACCUCUGUAGAUCUGGCAGCCAGCAGGAGAACCAAAGAAGAGCGCGCCAGGCUGCUUCUUCAGGAGCAUCAUGAACAGAGAGCGCGUGACGCCUGCGGUCUGAUCUCGGAGCUGCUCACCGCACCCAUCAACCUUCCCACAAACCCACAGCAGAGCCUCAGGAUCACCGGGAAAAAUAAGCAGAUUCCCAGGAGUCCGAGCGGACCACAGGCUUCUCUGGGGAAAACCGUCGUGCUUCAGAGGAAGUCUGCAGCGAAAACACACGGCUCUUUGAGCGGCAGACUCGGCUUGCACAGACCAGCCAGCGCUCUUCCAGCCGAUCGGUUGUCCAGGGUGACUCGCCGCGGGAUGCUGUCCGACCCGAAGUCCAGACAAGACACGAAGACCGUUCAUCAGAGUAAGGACAGUUUGGACAUGUUUUUGUAAAAAUAUCAGAAUCUGAAUGAGAUUUAUUACCAAGUGUGCUUACACGCACACAAGGAGUUUGUCUUAGUGAAA